AGACCGGACGCAGUAGGCGGGCGGGAACGUGAAGUCUCCGCAGUGCCUGAUGGGCUUGUUCCGAGGAAGCUAGCUGAAGCUGCUGAAGGGUCCUUCGUUGAGCUGCCGUGGUCUCCGCCGCCUUAUGGCGGCGAUCGGCGUGCACCUGGGCUGCACAUCAGCCUGUGUGGCUGUCUACAAGGAUGGCCGGGCCGAUGUGGUUGCAAAUGAUGCAGGGGAUAGAGUCACACCAGCCAUUGUUGCUUACUCGGAACGUGAACAGGUGGUUGGACUGGCAGCAAAACAAAGUAGAAUAAGACAUGUUUCAAGCACAGUAGUGAAAGUGAAACAGAUCCUUGGCAGAAGGUAGCACGGCUUCUCUUGCUGCCAGGAUGAUCCUCACACCUGCCCUGUAACUCUCGUUCCCCUGUGGCCUUCCAGCCAGAAGUGUGGUCCUCAGACCUGCCUUCUCAGCAGAGUGCCCUGGGAGGAAAGAACCAGCAGGCUCCUGGAAACAUGCUGAGAACACCCAGAGCUUCCCCACGCCUCGAAAACUGUGCCCUGCUGCCUGGGAGCUUGCUUCAGUAGCCUUCCUUCCCUGCCCACCAUGGCAACCACUAAUAGCAGUGCGGGCAUCCGGUGGUCCAGACAGGAGACACGAACUCUUCUCUCCAUCCUAGGUGAGGCAGAGUACAUCCAGCGCCUCCAGACUAGGCAUCACAAUGCAGAUAUCUAUCAGGCGGUGUCUAGGCGAAUGCAGCAGGAGGGCUUCUGCCGCACCGAACGCCAGUGCCGCUCCAAGUUUAAAGUUCUGAAGGCAUUGUAUUUAAAGGCCUACGUUGCCCAUGCCACAAGUAUGGGGGACCCACCGCACUGCCCAUUUUAUGAUACGUUGGAUCAUCUUCUUCGAAACCAGAUAGUGACUGACCCAGACAACUUAACGGAGGCUGCUGCUUGGGCCAAGCACUGUUAUCAGAAUUUGGUAGCCUCUGACAAGCCAGGGCAAGAGGGCACCAGCAUUCGGGAAAUGAAAAGGACACAGACAGCUUGUCAUCAUCGUAUUUUGCAAACAGUUAAGGAAUCAAAUGAGGAUUGUCACCUAAGAAUCAGUGACCAGACACAAGAAGCCAGUGACCUUGAGGGCUCCUGGGAUGACUCCUUGGGUGCAGGGUGCUCUCAAGGGACCCCCAGCUACAGCAGCUCCCACCACCUUUUCAGAGGUGCAGUUGCCCCCUGUCAGAGCAACCCCAUGACCAGACUGGGUGUGUCGAGGGAGUCAAGUCCCUGCACCAGCACCAGCCGCAACCCUCCUGGGGCAGCCUCCACACCACAGCCUCCAGGCUCUUCCUCAAGAGUUGCUUUUCUCUCUGGUGGGGAUAGACCUCUGACCAGGGAGCCCUCUCCAAGGUGGGCCAGGCGAAGAAGGCGCUCAGUGGCCAGAACCAUUUCAUCUGAGUUGGCAGAAAACAGGAGGUUGGCGCGAGAACUCUCCAAGAGAGAGGAAGAGAAGCUGGACAGGUUGAUUGCUAUUGGUGAGGAGGCCAGUGCCCAGCAAGACACUGCCAAUGAGCUGCGCAGGGAUGCUGUCAUCGCAGUCAGACGCUUGGCCACAGCAGUGGAAGAAGCAACUGGGGCUUUCCAGCAAGGGCUUGAGAAGUUGCUUCAGAGGUUGAUUUCAAAUACCAAAAGCUAGGAACUGAUUGAAUGGACACCUUUCCCAAACUGGUACAAGUCUGUUUCUAACAACCACCUUCUGGAACCCUGGCUCCUUUCUGUGUCUUCAGACAAAGGAACAGAUGAACUGUUAAUACGCAGAAGAGUAGUGAGUUCUUUUUCCUAAGAUUCUCCACUAAUGGAAAGGCCCUUGAGGAAUGAAGAGUGGCCUGGUAGAAACCAGAAGGAAUCAAAUCCAAGAGCUAGUUUGUUCUAGCUUCCUCACAGUGUGGAGCAAUUUUCUUUACCUCUACCACGAUCUCAUCUGUCAAGGCAGAUCAGUAGUCAUUCCUGCCCUGCCUACCUCACAGGGUUGUUGUGAGGAUCAAGUAGUUUAUAGAUGUGAAAAGGUUUGAAAGUUUGAAAGCACUGUAUAAUGUAAGUUAUUAAUGCAUUUGCCCUUGGCUAAGGGGAGCUGGGGUAAGCACAUUCGUUUACAACAUACACAGGUAUAGCAGUGUCCUGUGACCUCAUUGCUUGAGUCUUUAUCUGUUUAAUUUGUUGGCCUCUUAGAUAGAGGUCUCAACUUCUUACAUCUCUCUGUGGCUCCCUAGUCUAGGCACAAUUGCAUUUGUGUCUUUGUCUCUUACAUUUUCACUGCUGUAUCCCUGACCUACCUACUAGCAAACACCCCUUGGUCCAACCAGGUUUCUCUCUUUCAUUUUACUAGUUCCUGGUCUCUAUAGAGAUGAGCUAUUUGAGCACUGUGGGAGGUAAAUAUCUCAUAUUGAUAGAUUUUGAUGAGGUAAAAUAGUGACUUUUAUGAAGUAGAAAAUGUAAGUAAAUUCUUUGCAUUUAGUAUUAUCUGAGGCUCUUUAAAUGCAUAAAUUGUGUGUUUACAUUGUGGUUGGCAUUUGAACAUGGAAAUAAUUUGGAUUAAUGCAUUUGCAUCAAUCCAUUUCCAAUCUACUUGUGGCUGAUUGACUUUGUUUCUGUUAGUGGGUGUUUUGUUUGGGCCCUACCAUGUAAUUGAGGGCAAGCCUAGAUCCAGAGGAACUUUUUUCCAAGUGAUGUAAACAAGAGUUGGUAGGGUUAGUGCCUGUGAUGAUAGAGAGCAGCUCCCUUUGCUCUUGAGCCUGGAGAAUGCUAGAAGUGGUAAAGACCUCUGCCCAGAGAUGGUUCUCUUCAAGCUCACGCCCCGAGCAAGUACACUCCCCUGACCCAGGCACACGUCCUGGAGAGGAGUUGGUGACAGUAAACCACAGCCCUGUGAGGUUGUUGGCCUUCAGUGAACUGGUUCUUAGUGGGUCUUGUAGAACUCUAGAAUCACAGGUAAGACUCUGGGGAUUUAAAUGCCACUCAGAAGCCGGGGAGAAAAUGAACAGGUGUUGGGAGAGCUUUGGGAUUUUGGAGUAGGGCGGGGGAGUGUCACAUUGUAGUCAGGGGCUUAGUGGAAGCUGGACAUUUGAAUUAGUAAAGAAAAGGACAAAAACAAAAAAAUGGUGGGACCUCAUGGAACCAGGAGUAGGUGGCAAAGGGCAAGCUGUAGAGUGAGCGCUGACUGCCUGAGCAGUGUGUUGUGGACUUCGCUGGAAUCUGGCUAGACCACCCAACUCCAGCCCCGUCCCCGCCACAGCUGUUGGCAUUGGGGGCAACACUUACCCUUUUUGUGCCUCGAUUUCUUUUAUCUCCAAGUUGAGGAAUUUCUACUACAUUUUUAUAGUAUCUUUCAGUUCUAGAAUUUUAAAUAAUAUGGUAAAGGUAAAAAUGAGGUGAGCUAUUUAUAGUAUUUUCAGGCAGUGGCUGUUAAUGUACGUUUGAAAUACUGUUUAUGGCUGUAUUUAAAGGCACCCUCUGUAGUGUGGACAUUUAUCACUGUGCUGGUGAGAGCUCUAAGCCUUGUACUGGAUGGACACCCACUGAUGCCUUUCUUUCCUUGAAGUGGAUAUAUAAGUGUGUGUUGUCUUUUGUUUGAGGCCAUGAUGUAGAAAGUACAUAUCUGUUGUAACCAAAUAAAGCUAAUGUAGACCAUAGUAUUCUGGAAACAACAGAAAAGUAUUUAACUACCUAGUAAGGAUCUAACGGUGGCAGUGUGUGGUUGGGCCUCUACCUGACGUGAGAGACAGGCUGGAGCAGAGAUGGAGUUAAAGUUGAGGUAUCUUGAAAACCCUGAUAGGCAGAGUAAACAAAAUAAGGAAAUAAAUCUCAAGGUCCUGAAGAGUUAUUAGGAAAACAUGCAAAGUGGUAGAGGAGACAGUGCACGGUGCAGGCCAUGUGCAGGAAGGCAGGCUGGAGUCCUGCCUGAACUUUAGCCCUAACCCAGUACCUCCUCCAUCAAGUUACCUCCUCCCUUUCACCAUUCUGUAACUCAGGUUCUUCCUUAAAAUGGGAACUAACGAUCGCCCGUCCUACCUACUUCACAGGGGUGUUGUGAGGAUCAGUGCACAGAUGAACGAAUGUUCAGUUAGAUUUGUAGACACUGGGGUUUACCAGGAGUGGGGAAGGAGAACCCACAGCACGUGAGCACGGGUGUUGCCAAACCCAGGGCCACUGUAAGAGAUACUUGAGGAUAAGGUGGGCAUGCAUUGCUGGGUUGCUGGUAAGAACUUGUGGUGCAAUGGGAGACUAGACUCCUCCUGCAGGGCAUGGUGUGAACCAGGUGCUGUGCAGACCAGUUGCCCAUCUUUGUCAUGUAACUUAAUCCUGCUGUAGACAAAUAAAAGUUUUGACUGGUGUGGA